AUUGUGAUUAUGAAUUAUUAAUGCUUCUUAUUGUUGAUUAUACUUCAUUAAGCCUGCUCAAAUUUUUUUGGAUAGACGAAUAGAUUGGGUAUUUAAAAAUUAAAAGUUAUAAUAUUACCUCAUUCUCAUGAUGAUGUAGGAUGGUUAAAUACUGUUGACUAAAUAUAUUUGAGUGGUCCUGGUGUUAAAAAUAUAAUUUCAUCUUAUAUAAAUGCCUUACUAGAAAAUAAGGAUAGAAAGUUUGUAUAAGUGGAAACUGUUUAUUUUGAAAGAUGGUGGAAUGAAUAGAGUGUAUUAAUGUAAUAAAAAGUAAAAGGUUUAGUAGAAAAUGGUUAAUUAAGUUUUGCAGGAGGAGGAUUAGUAAUGAAUGAUGAAGCUACACCUUAUUAUGAAGAUAUUAUAGAUUAAAUGACAUAUGGACAUGAAUUUUUAUUCAAAACAUUUAAUGUGAUUCCAAAAGUGGGAUGGUAGAUUGAUCCAUUUGGACAUUCAAAUGCAUAAAGCAUAUUAUCAUAUCUAUUUGGUAUAGAUGCAGCAUUUUAUGCAAGAAUUGAUUAUUAAGAUAAAGAUUAUCGUCAGAAAUAAAAAGAAUUAGAAAUGAUUCAUGUUCCUUAUACAACAAGUAAAUAAAACUAUCCUAUCUUAAUUCAUGUUAAUUAUUUUCAUUACUCAAGUCCUAAUCAUUUUGAUUUCGAUCCAUUAAGAAAUUCAGGAGGUUUUGUAAAUGAUUAGAAUAUUUAAUAUAAAGCAGAUGAUUUGAAUCAAUAUUUUUUACAACAAAGUUAAUCAUACAAAGGAAAAAUUAUAACACAUACAUUAGGUGAUGAUAAUGAAUGGUCUAAUUCUAAAUCCUAUUUUGAAAACAUGGAAAAGAUAAUUAAUUACAUAAAUUCUCAUCCAGAAAAGUACAAUAUUGUAAUUAAAUUUGGAACUCCUUAAGAUUAUAUUAAAGAUAUAAAUGAUUAUUCUGAUGAGAUAUUCUAUCCAACAAAGAAUGAUGAUUUUUUUCCCUAUGCGGAUAAACAACAUUGUUAUUGGACAGGAUAUUUUACAAGUAAGGUAGCAUUUAAAGGUUUCGUGAGAUAUACUGGAAGAUAUUUUCAACAAAUAAAAACUUUUAUAUCUUUUUCUUUUGCUUCUCAAAAUUAAGACAUUUUAGAUAUAAAACAACCGCUUUUAAGGGCUAUAAAAGAAUUAGGAUAUACACUAGGAAUAUCAUAACAUCAUGAUGCUGUUACAGGUACCUCAUAAGAUCAUGUGACUAGAGAUUAUGUUAAAAUGCUACAUAGAGAUUUAACAAAUAUGAAUAAUGAAUUUCAUAGAUUAAUAAAAAUAAUAAUCUCAAAAGAUUUAGGGUAGGAUAAUAUUGAAUAAUUGUAUCAAUAUCGUUAUAAUUCUACAUCCUCUGAGUGUACUGAAAUCUAUGAAAAUCUUAAGAACAAAAAAACUAUUUUAUUAACCAUUUUAGACACUAAAAUCAAUGAAAAUGAUAAAGAUAUUAUUAAAAUUAAAGUACCUAAAUUACCUCUCAAUAUUAUUGAUUCUAAAAAUCAAGUAAUUGAUGGAGAUAUCAUAUGCAGUAAUUCAAAAGAUGAAGAAGAUUGUACUCUCUAUUUUAAUUACCAAAUUAAAAAAGGAGUCUAAUACUACAAAAUCAAAUAAGGUAAUUCAAAUUAAGUGUCUUCUGCCAAAAUUAUUGCAUCUCAAACUUUAACAAAUAUAACUGCUAAUACUAAAAUAUCACUUGACAAUGGACCUGAAUUUCAAUUGCAAUAUUAAUAUUAUGUUGCUUCGACUGAUAAUUUACAACCUAGUGGAGCAUAUAUAUUUAGACCUUAAGGAGGAGCAUAAGUUUAUGGAUCCAUCUAAAAUGUUCAAAUUUAUAAUGGAACUGUUUUGACUGAGCUAAAUAUUGAGAGAUCUAAUGUUAAUACAUGGAUAAGAAAAUAUAAAAUUUAGAAUAAUGAAUAUGAAGUGGAAACCUUUGUUGAUUCUAUAAUAAGAGAAUAAAAUAAAGGAAAAGAAAUAAUAGUUAUCUUUAAAAGUGAUAACAUCAAGAAUCAAAAAACGUUUUAUACUGAUUCUAAUGGAAUGGAUUUAUAAUAAAGAAAAAUUGGAUUUAGAGAAACUUGGAGUUUGCAAAGUAAUGAAUAUGUUUCUGAAAAUUAUUAUCCUAUAAAUGGAAUAAUAUAAAUUAAAGAUCAAGCCAGUCAUAAUGUUAUGGCUGUAAUAAAUGACAGAGCUUAAGGAGGAUCAAGUUUUAAUGAUGGUGAAAUAGAAAUUAUGAUUCACAGAAGAAUGUAUUCAGAUGACAGAAGAGGAGUUGGUGAACCUUUAAAUGAAGAAGAGGAUAAUCCUUAAUGUAAAGCUUAAUCCUAAUAAAAUUGUGAAAAAAGAGUGGGACUUAGAUAAUAUAUUAUUCAUAAAGUAUUAUUCUUUGAUCAAAAGAAUAAUCCAAAUUUUGCAAGAAAAGCUUAGUUAUUUUUAGAUUUCUAGCCAAUUAAAAUCUUUGCUGUUGAUUCAUAAGAUGAAUUUGUUCCAAAUCUUAAAAUUGAAUUUUCAAAAUCUCUUUUGAACACCAUUUAAGUUUUUAAUCCUGAUGGAGAUAGCAUUGUCAAAUUUUAUUUAAUACCUAAAGAAGAAAAUAAUGAAUAUUUAUUAAGAAUUCAUAAUAUGUAGGAAUAAUCAAAUGUCAAAAUCUCAUUUCCUUAGGAAAUUUUAUUUGAAGAAACUAUUUUGAGUGGACUUAGAACAUUAUCAGAAUAACAAAAAAUUAGAUUAGGUAUUUAUUCUGAGUAUUAAAUUUUAGUUUGGGUUAAAAAUAAAAUUCAAGAUUCAAUUUAUAUUCCUGCUGAAGAGGUAGCACCAUAACAAAUUAAAACAUUUAUAAUAAAAAUUUGA